AUGAUUGCGCCUUAUGAACAUGCUGGCGAUGACAUCAACGACCCAGAUCGCGUGUUGUACAUUAACCCCGCCGUCGACAUCGUCGCUGUACUGGGUGAUCUAGACUACGGCAGAAUCUCACGACUGCUAAAAGGCUUGCGAACCAGUGAUCCGGAGGGGCAAGGUCUGCAGAAAUUCGCUGUCAGCGCCAGCUGGACGUAUCAUCAAGGAGCUGGUGACACGAUCAGGAUGUUAGCCAAGCACAUGUUUCCCGAGCUAGAAGAGAUGACUGUGUUUAUGUACGAUGAGAAAAUGCCUCCUGCGGACUGGACUGGUGGAACGUGUGAACUGCAAGAUUGUAACCAUACAGACUAUUACAAGCGCCUUUUGCCAGAUCUCACAUUGCGAGAGAGACUCAGUCAGAGCCUCGAUGUUCUCGUCUUUCGUUCCAUUGACAUCAAUCUGCAGAUAUUAGGAUAUUUUCCUCAGUCAAGAGCAGUCCGAAACUCACAGAUAUCAAGAUACCACGCUUUCGAUACUCUUGCUCGACAGGUAGAGUCUCCAGCUCAUAUAGUCACUACGCAAUCGUCCAAAAGCUUCACCAAGGAAUCCAACGUUCCUGUUUCGGUCAACUACUUUCCUUCACGAGAAUGGAACUACACCUGCGGAUUCUGCUUCCAUACCGAUACCUCAUCCUACGUCCUCCCGAUCGAUGAAGCGAAACGUGGCUUGAGACUGUUGAGAAGCUGGCAUGCAAAAGCUCAAUAUUGCUGGUGGCGAACCAUUCCUCUACCCUCGUCUUCUGACAGAAUUACUCCAGUUUGGCAAGGAGGAACUUGGCCUCGAAAGCAUCAGCAUUGUAAGCAACGACAGCAAGAUUACAAAGAAAUGGAUGCGUGA